UAACAAAUGUUGGUAUCCCUGAAGAUUAUGUUCAAGGAACCGAAAAAAUGGCGACGAAAGAGGAGUCUGUAUUUCCGCAGGUCGGGCAGCAAAUUGAGUUAUCGAACUUGAGUCUUCAGCAACUCACGCAAUUGAAACAGCAGUUGGAUCAGGAGAUACACGUUUUCCUAGAGACAUCACGAACUUUAAAAAUGGCACAGACGAAAUUUCAAGAUUCAAAUGACUGCUUGGAGAAGAUAACACCAGACUCAGAAGGAAAAAACAUUAUGGUGCCACUAACGGGAUCUAUGUAUGUACCUGGGAGAGUAGCAAAUGGAAAGUCUGUCAUCAUAGACAUUGGAACUGGUUAUUUCAUACAGAAGGAUAUUGAUGGAGCCAAAGAUUAUUUUAAACGUAAAGUCAGUUUUGUGGGAGAGCAGAUCGAGAAGAUAAUGCAGGUGUCUGUGGAGAAGAGUAAAUUAAAUAAAGUUGUGGCACAGAAGAUACAACUUCAGCUACAGGCACAGUUAAGCUCUCAGCAGCAGAGCCAACAGCAGGAGGCUACCAAAUCAUAACCACUCACAUUUCAUCUGCUUUUGUGCACAAAUACAAGCAAGAAAUGAAAAAAUAUAUACACCUGGUAAUGUAGAAGGAACAUAAAUUUGGUUUAUGCAAAGGAUUUUUGUUAACCAUGAUUUAUUCCAUUAUAUGAUACAAUCUUCCAACAUCUGUUUAUGAAUACUCUUAGUGCUAAUUUUUGUAUAGAACUGUAUUUAUAACAUAUAAAUGGUACACCAAAACCAAUAAUAGUUUCAGUUUGGUACACAUUGCUUCAUUCUAUGUUUAAAGUCUGAAUUCAUUAAUAAUUCUUUAAAUACUUCAUUAGUGAUCUAAUUAUUAAAAAGUGACUGAAUUAUCAUGACAUUUUGGUAAAAAUAUUUUUAUAUCUUUGUGCUUUUAAAAGUAUCACAUUCAUCUCUCUUUUCUCCUUGUCCACUUCAAGAUAGGGUGUCUUAGUUUAACUAGCACAGUCUUCAAAUCUUUGCAACAUUAUAAGAAUGAUAAUAUGGAAAGAGUUGUCAGAAUAGAAUGUUGAAAAAGUGAGGACAUACAUAUAAGAAAGAAGAUUUUCACACUCAUUUACAGCCAAGAAAGUUCAUAUAUCUGAUCAGAGGUGAAGAUCUCUGGAAAAUCUAGAUAUAAGACUACAAUUCUGGGAGUGAGGUAAACAUAUUGUAAAGUUUCUAAUAGUUCAGAUUCCCAGGUACUUAAUGUUGUAGUCUGCUGGUUGUCAAGACUGGUUAUUAGAAAUAGGCAAUAAUGAAAGUUUAACACGGAUGUCCUCAAAGAAAAGUGAAAUGUGAUAAUUAUUAUGUUCCAAUGUAACUGCAAAAAUUGUUAAUUUACCUAUUAUUGCAUAUGAUUUUUCUAUAUUUGACAUUAAAUUAUUUGGGCAUUAAGAGGAGUAAAUUCUUGUUAUAAGGAAUAUUUAUAUAAGACCAAAAUUUUAGGAAUCCUGUUUUAUUUGAUUUAUCUGUAUAGUUUUAUUUCAUCACGACUGAUUCGAAGGUUUAAUGUUGACUUAGCCUGUACAUGUUAUUUGAUAGUCAAUAUAGGAAAUUAAUUACAACCUUACAAUAUCUAUAUAUAAUAUCUUACCUCUUAUGCCACUUUCAAAUAAAAUACAUGGCUGGUUUUGAUUUAUGUUACCAGAAGAACACUCAAAAUCCAAUAUGUUGUUUGAAACUGUUCUGACCCAUAUAGGUUAUUUUAACAAUUAUAUAAAGAUAUAAAUUAUAUGUGUAAUACAGUCAAUUACAAAACUACACGUUACUCUUUUCUAAUGUGAAAUAUUUUGUUGUAAAAUUAAGACUUCAGAAAUUGUUGAUUAAAUUCCUUUUGAGUAUGAGAUGUAAGUACUUAUCAGCUUUAAACAUUACUUCAGUCUUACGGACUGUUCAUUCUUUUUAAAUAAUUUUUCUUGGCAGCACCAUUGCAAUAUUAGUAGGGUAAUGCAGGCCAUUUAGGUGCAUUACAAAUUACAAGAUAAACACAGGUACAGCACAGUCACAUAUUGAAAUUAGCCUCUCUAAUCGUUUUAUCAUAUAAGACAGUAGAUUUUCUUGUACAAGAAUAAGUAUAAAUAUAUUUUAUUUCAGAAACAUCUUUUUUUACCUGAAAUUCUUAAAAUUUGGUAGCCUGAGCAAUUUCACUCCCACUUCACUAAUUUUUUUCUUUGGAUUUUUAAUUUCAGACUAAUUAAGCAUACUCGGAACAAUUUGUUGUUCUUUGUAAUGAAUUAUUCUCUGGCUACCAACCGUGUCUGUGUCAGGUGGUUGAAUGGAGAAAGAAUAGUGUUUUCUCCAACUACCUGACAGCUGGUAACUUGAGAAUAAUUUAUUAUACUUACUUGCCAUGAAAGCUUCAGAUUAUUGUUGUUCUUUGCUUCCAAGCAUAUUUGUGCUUUGCAAAACCAUCAUUAUGCACAAGUCAUUCACAUUUCAACAGUAACACAGAAGAACUAAAACUGUUACUCUUUGGAGCAUGUGUGACUGAGAAACUGUACAGUACUGACAUGGCAUGUUUUUUUACUUCAUACUUCCAGCCAAAUAUGAAAUUAAAUAUGCAUCUGUAGAAAGUUCUCUAAAACCUCAACUAUGUUCAGAAUGACCUCCAAAACCAAAUUAUAACAAAUAGCUUCAUCCACGAUGGUUUACAUCUUGCUCAAAAUUGUUCCACUUGGAGGUUCUGUCCAGCAUUCCAACCACUUCACAAGUGCCAAUUGUGACCCUGUGUAAAUCUCUCCAUCCCGCCAGAGGUCCAUGUGGAACAUUCUGUGGAUGUUCAGUUCUGCAGGGUGGAUCUCCCCAUAUUCUCCAACAACAAACUGAUGUAUUUUUUCACCGUCAUUCUGGCCUGAUCUUAUCGAUUGUACAUUAUCUCGUGACAGCCAUGUACAAGCUUGCACCUCCUUAGAGUCUAACUAUAAGAAAAUGAAGAUAACAUAUAAAUUCUUCACAGAGUAUAAACAUUUGCCUUGAAAGCAAUUUAUUUUCUAUUUCUUUAAAAUGUGAUAUUGUGAAACUUUUCUGUAGUGGUAGGUGGUAUAACAUACUGGUACAUCUCACAUUUCAAUACCAUUGAGUAUCAGUCAUUAAUGUUUACUCCAGAACUGUUACUUAUUAAAGAUUAAAACUGAUAGUUCCUUUUGAGA